AUGGAAAAAAUAUACAACAAUAAGGAUGAGCGAAAAGAACCAAUAGACAAAAUAUGGGAAAAUAUAAAAAGCGCUGUAAUAAACGCCUCAAGAACCACACUAAGUGUAAAAAGAAAAAUACCUAGUCAGGAAUGGAUCACCCCAAAUAUCUUAGACCUAAUUGAGGAAAGACGAAAAUACAAACACCAGACUGACAUAGAAGGACAACUAAAAUACCGAAGUAUAAGAAACCGUAUAAACAGAGAAUCAAAAAAAGCAAAAGAAGAAUGGCUAGAGCAACAAUGUGCUGAAAUAAACCAUCUUUUUAGAACAAGUAGGCUAGAUCAAGCCUAUGGAACCAUUAAAAGUUUCCUCAAAACAAAUAAAACUCGCAAUAAUAAUAUUAAAGACAAGAAUGGUAAAUUUCUUUUGGAUACANUCUUAUGGUGCACCGCUACUAAGAAGUGGUAUUAAUGCCAGUCUUAGGGACAUGAUGGGACACGUUUUACGUCAUGACGAUGAAUUGCAUCAUACUAUAAUAGAAGGUGCAAUUGAAGGACGGAAACCACCAGGAAGACCAAGAAACUCGUAUAUAUCUCAACUGAAAAAUGACGUAGGGUUUGAUACUUACGCCGGAUUAAAACGACUUGCUGAAGAUCGUGAUACGUGGAGAGCAAAGUUAAAAACGUUGUAA